AUGGCUGCUGUCACUCCUAAGCAGAAGGUGGUGGUUGUGGGCGCGGGACCAGUUGGAUCCCUAGCGGCGCUGUACGCGGCUUCCCGCGGCGACGAAGUGGAGGUAUAUGAACUGCGUGGAGAUCUCCGUGACCCGACAACUGUGCCCUUGAACUUCACCAAGUCGAUCAAUUUGGCUCUUUCAGAGCGCGGAAUCAACUCUAUCCAAGAAGCGCAACGACCCGGAUUGGUCGAAAAUGUCCUCCGCGAUACGAUCCCCAUGUACGGGCGGAUGAUCCACGGCCGGGACAACGGCUCCCUGUGGGAAGCCGCUCAAGCCUAUGACGUUCAUGGCCGGGCCAUCAACGCCGUUGACCGAGGCGCAUUGAACAAUGCCCUCCUCGACGAGCUGGAGCGCACACCCAACGUCAAGCUCUUCUUCAACCACAAACUAACAGGCGCAGACUUCACCACCAACAAAGCCUGGUUCGAGCGCCGCAUCCCAGGCGACACGCCCCAAGCCGACGAUCUCGGCAUCGCAGGCCGAGUGCCCGAGAUCGAGGUCUCCUUCGACUGCCUCAUCGGCGCAGAUGGCGCCCACUCCGCCACCCGCUUCCACAUGAUGAAGUUCGCCCGCGUCGACUACCAGCAAGAAUACAUCGACACGCUCUGGUGCGAAUUCCGCAUCCCCCCCACAAAAGAUGCCCAGUUCGCCAUCUCCCCCAACCACCUGCACAUCUGGCCGGGUCGCGAAUUCAUGUUCAUCGCCAUCCCCUCCGCAGACAAGUCCUUCACAUGCACCCUCUUCGCCCCAGCAGCACACUACGCCACCCUCGACAACUCACCCCAGGCCCUCCAGGCUUCCUUCCACGAACAUUUCCCCGGCGUCUGCCCCGAGCUGAUCGACCCACAGGCCCUGGUCGAGCAAUUCGCCCUCAACCCCCACCUCCCGCUGAUCAGCAUCAAAUGCAAACCGCACCACUAUAGCUCUAGCGUCGUCAUCAUCGGCGAUGCCGCGCACGCCGUCCUCCCAUUCUACGGCCAAGGCCUGAACGCCGGGCUGGAGGAUGUCCGCGUGCUAUUCGAGCAGCUGGACCAGCAUGGUGUUUACGAUCCGGAUACGAGCGUAUACACCCGUAGCGUGCGUCGGCAGGCUGCGUUCCAGGCCUACACGAAUCUGCGAUGCGAUGAUACGCAUGCUAUCAAUGAUCUGUCGAAGCAGAAUUAUCUCGAGAUGCGCUGGGGCGUCAAGUCGCCGCUGUACAAGCUGCGGAAAACUAUCGAAGAGACGAUCGAUCAGCGGUUGCCCUUCCUGGGAUGGAAGACGCAAUAUGCCCGCAUCAGUUUUAGUAACCAGCGGUACUCGGAUGUGGUCGCUGCUGUGCAGAGACAAAGUCAGAUGCUGGGGCUGGGUCUUAGCUCCGCUUUGCUUGUUGGUGUGGGCGCCUUGGCUGUGCUGAUUUGGAGAUAUCCGCGAGAGGUUUCGCCGGCGGGAUUCGUGAGGUGCGGCUUGAGACAGCUGGCGAGAUUUUGGAGAGGAAUUGCGCAUAGGUGA